AUAAUCUGUGGAUGCUGGUGUGAAUGCGAAAAACUGAUAGGUACCUACAGUAAAAGAAAUAGAUUAAAGAUUGUCUAAUGAUUGUGCUUGUGGUGUGAGUAAUUAAUUAAGUUUAGCAGUAAAUUGUCCCUCUCCAUUUACAUAAUUUUAAAAUGGAUAAAAGAAAGUUAUCGACUGCGGGAGAUAGUCUCUAUCAAAUAUUACAAGUACCCAAAACCGCAACGGCUGAUGAUGUCAAGAAAAGUUAUCGUAAAUUGGCUUUAAAAUAUCACCCAGAUAAAAAUCCGAAUAAUCCUGAAGCAGCAGAUAAAUUUAAAGAGGUAAAUCGUGCUCACACAAUCCUGAGCGAUGCUACUAAAAGGAAUAUUUAUGACAACUACGGCUCUCUCGGACUUUACAUCGCAGAACAAUUUGGAGAGGAAAACGUCAACGCCUAUUUUGUCGUUACAAGCACUUGGUGCAAAGCAUUGUUUGUUGUAUGUGGUAUUUUGACCGGUUGUUACUUCUGCUGCUGCUUAUGUUGCUGCUUUAAUUGCUGCUGUGGAAAAUGUAAACCCCGCCCUCCAGAAGAAUCCGGUGACUAUCAUACGUUGGAGCGUGAUGACUCAGAUGGUGUGCAGCCGGUAACAAUGCAACCCGGUGGAGAAGGGCGUCCCAGUGGCGAACAAGCGCCACCAAUUGCGAUGCCUGCUCCCCCUGCUCCUGGCGUGUCAGAAAAUACCGGCCUCAACACAGGAAGCAGUAUUCCAAAAUACACUUGAAGUGUUUUCACCUAGUCUAAAGUAAAAUGUAAGAGAAAGAGGAACUGACUAUAACCACCACAAUUGCAACUUAUGUAAGCCUUAACUUAGAUUUUUUUAUGUAAUUUUUAUUUCUUAAUAUAGUUUUUUUUUUUGUAUAUUUAUUUUAAUUUCCUUAUUUAUGAUUAAAAUUAAAUUUUGUUGAAUAAACUGUUUAUUGUUAUUAACAAAUGUAAAAUUAGACUUAUCACUGGCUAGCAUCACUGGCGUAAAAACCACAUAAUAAAUAUAAAAAGGUUGCUUAAAAUAUAAUGUUAAUAUUUAUUUAAUUAAUAGAAAAUUUUGUUAUAUAAACCAUUUGUGUCACGUCUAUCGUAAUAAAGAAAGUAUAACAAUCAAUUUGGAUCAAUGUAGGCUUCCUAUCUAAAGGUGUAUUUUUAACAGAAAACGAAUGUUACAAAAGUUAAGUACUUUUUUAAUCUCUAUUAAUGAGUUCGGCGAUUUCGUAUUUGAACCAAAUAAGUUAUGUGCACAAUGAAAGCUUUUAGAAACAUUCCAUCUGACAAAAAAAAAAACAUUUGGACUCAGGAAACCAGUCCUGAAAUAUUUCAAUAAAAUUAAAAAAAGGUUCGCAUUGAUUAUCUAGUUAUAUAACAAUUUAUAACUAGCUAUUCGCCCAUAGUAAAUACAAAGCCUAUGUUAGUCGGUGAAGUUGCAGCUUUCGAAUGGUGAAUUAUUUUUAAAAACAAUCUAGUAGUUUUUGUGUUAAACAUUACGAACAAACUUAUAUACAAAUCUUUCCUCUUUAUAAUAUCUAGUAUAGAUUAUAGAAAAUUGUUUAUUUCGCCAGUUGGUUAUAACUCCUAUAAAGAGAAGCUGUCUUAGCGGUAGCGGUACAAUAUUUUGGACGUGUUAACUUUCUUAAAAUAUCUAUUUUUGAGCCAUUAUAAAAUAAAAUUGGCAUAAAACAACUCCAUAACGGAAUUUACGCAUACCUACUUGGCAAUGUCGCUGCCGCUGGAGCGGAAAUAUGUUGAUUCGUUUGCCCAAAUAUAGCGUUUAAGCGGAAUUAUUUUUCUAGAUGUCCAAUAAUACAUCCAUUAUGUAAUAGAUUAAUGAUACAUAUAAUAAUCUGAUUUAUUUUUCUCUAAUUUAGCUACCUUCUGGGAUGAAAAAUUAAUAAUAGGUAUUGAUGUUGAUUUCAUGUUUGAUUUUGCAGUAUCUUAGUAAAUCAGUAAUAUAAUGAAAAUUCCGUAUCUCGUUCUUGUGUGCAUUAAUAUAAAUAAUUAUUAUACAGAUAGUUAUUGUUAUACAUGAUAUUUGCAAGUUUAAGCUUGAAAUUUAUAAAAGCUACUAAUAUGUUGUCUAGUAGGUACGUAGGAAAUGUUGUCCUAGAUAAUAUUAUGUAUAUUGUUCAUUUAAUAAAUCUGUGGUGUUUUUGAAUCGUAAACUGCUUUAAGUUUGUACUGUUUUGGUACAACGGUACGGAACUUCUGCAACGAUAAUACAUAGUUUGUAUACCUACUUCGAUAAAAUUGCAUACCUUAUUCCUUAUUUAUUGGUAAUAUGAUAGAUAGGGUAAUAAGGAUUUCAAAAUUUUGAGCGUCAUAAACGUAAUAAUAUUUAACUAUGAUUAUGAAAAAUAAAGUAGACUAUAUUCGAAAAGCCUGACAUGCAGGCAUGCUGCUAGAAAUUUGCAUCAUAUUAAAAUGCGAAUUAAAAAUUUACAGUUUUUGUCGUUUAAAUAUUGGACUAUUUCAAAGAUAUCAUACAUGAACAUUGUAAACAAAAAUGUGUAAUAUUCAUGCUUUGUUUCUGGACAUUGGAAACAAUGUAUGUAAGUACUUGGUUUCAUUGUAUUGUUAGGGAGUAAGUAAUAUGAACAUACUACCAAGUGUACGUAUUAUUGUAAUGUAUUUUUAAUCCAAUUUAACCACAUUUUAUAAAUUUUUGGCUAUUUAAAAUCCACUACACAUACCUAUCUAUAUUAAGAUCCUAUUUCCUAUACGCAACAAAAACUAAGAAAUGUAACUUAAACUUGUUUUCAAACCGGUACUUGUCACCUGCUUGUGCUAUUUGUAGGCGAAGUAUGUAUCGUCAGAAUGUAAAUUGUUAUGAAUAAAUAAUUUCAAAUUCGAA